GUGAUAAAAGCGUUAUUUUCUGCAGUCAGUGUGACACUGGUGAAAGAGAAACAAAUGUCACAAUAUGAUGUAAAACGGACAUACUAUUCUUAACUCCAUCUCUUCAUAUCUGUAAGCGUUGUAUGUUAGUCCGUAUUCAGCUGGGAAAAGCUAAGAUGUCACCACUCGCGACAAAUGGAGUAUUGCCCGUUCAAAAAAAACGAUCGACUUAAAAAUGUCAUGGCAAUAAAACAACCACGAACUACAUCCCGAACCGGUCAGACCACCUGGUUCAAAAUCGUAUGUUUUCAUUCCUUGUUACAUAAUGUACCACCUUCCUCAUCUGUUUCUGAAAGUUUCGAUUUUUUUUAAAUACAAACUGGUUCUUUGAUACUGGCUUCAACAUUUUAGUUUGUUGUUUGUUAUCGAUCGAAACACAAGUUCAAACAAAAUAUGGAAAAAUCUGAAAAAUUGAACUUUAGUCAACUAAGAUACCAAUGUCUUGCAGUCAUUUGUGUGAACAUGCUGUCUCUUUCACAAGGAUACAGUGGUGGAUGGGUGACACCGUCAUUGCAAAUUCUACGAUCGGAAAAUAGUCCACUGGAAAGUGGGCCAAUCACAUUGCUCGAAACGACCCUACUGGGCGUUUUACCAUGUAUUGGCUCACUUUUCGGAACAAUUUUAUUUUCCAUAAUAUCGAAACAUUUGGGAACCAUCGCCACAAUGACUUUACUUGCUAUACCAAAUAUGGCUUUUUGGAUCAUUUUGAUUGUAUCGACAUCGAUAAACGUAAUUUUAAUCGGUCAAGUUAUGACUGGUAUAGCGUACGGCGGAAUAUGUUUUUGUGUUCCGUUAUUUGUUGCAGAGAUUGCAGAUCCAAGAAUUCGAGGAUUCCUCGGCUCAAUUUUAAACUUAAGCAACACCUCCGGUGUGUUAGGUGCAUACAUUUGCGGAGCUUUUCUGGACUAUGCCCAUGUUCCUUUGGUUAUACUUCCCAUUCCCGUAAUAUAUUUGCUGUCCAUGUUAAUUUUACCGGAAACUCCGAGCAGUUUGUUGCGACAGAAUAAAAUUGAGGCUGCCAAAACGUCGUUACAAUUUUACAAUAAUGGGAACGACAGCAGUAAGAGUGGGUUCGAUGCGGACGUUGAAAUACAAAAGCUGCAAAGUGUUUUAACUGAAAGAGAGCUCACCAGACAAGAAGGCAGUUGGAAGCUUAUUUUACACAAAGAAUCUCUGAAGGGAUUGAGCACCGGACUAACUUUAACAGCAAUCGUGACCUUCAGUGCAGUGCAUGCUUUCACAACAUACGCUUCCGAUUUGUUCACUGAAUCAAAUGCCAACUUUGACGUAAAUGUGUCUGUGAUCAUCGUAGGGGUACUGAACUUAUUUGGAACGGCUGCAUCUGCAGCGUUAAUUGAUUCGUUGGGCCGAAGAAAACUUUUCGGACUCUGUUGCUUCAUGUGUAGCGCUGCUUUAGCCGCGCUCGGCACAUUUUCUUAUAUCAACAAUCAAGGCUUCGAUGUGGCUUCGUUUUACUGGGUGCCCGUAACCUGUGUCUCAUUUUUCAUUUUUUCAAGCGCCGUUGGAAUGAGGCCACUUCCAUUCAUAUAUACAGCCGAAAUACUUCCGAGCAACAUUCGUCACAUUGGUACCACUGUAAUCAUGCUUGCCUUCACCUUAUUUGGUGUGAUUUCAUACGCAACCCUGCCCUACUUUUUGAGUGCAUACCCACUACAGACAGUGAUGUGGACGUAUGGUGGAGUUUGCACAUUUGGUUUAAUUUUCAGCGUGCUCUUCAUGGAGGAAACGAAAGGAAAAAAUUUGAAUGACGGAAGUUAACUUUAAGUUGUAGUUUUAUGUGAUGAUUUCGUAUUUUAGCCAUUUUGACUGUUUUAAUAAAGUAUGUACGGUG